AUGUCCGACUUCUCGCUUUUCGGCCUCUUCACCGCGGGCCUGGCCUGCAUGAUCCCUUUCACUGCUGCUUACACCAAGCCAGUCGGUGACUCGCCAGUGGUACGUCAAUAAUACUCAUCUGACGAGGUGUUCACGAGAGUGCCAUCCAAACUUCAUUUGCUGACAUCUCGCAAAGGGCAACCCAAUCUCCGAGCCCGGCCUCAACAGCGUCGUCCCUGCCGGCCAGAAGUUCACCAUCACCUGGGAGCCCACCACCAAGGGCACCGUCACUCUCCUCCUCCUCAAGGGCCCAAGCAGCAACGCCGUUCCUCAGUACCCCAUCGUUGAGAAGACCGAGAACGACGGCAGCUACGUCUGGGACGUCUCCACGGCGCUCGCUCCCACCGACAACGCUCAGGGCUACGGUAUCCAGCUGAUCGACGACGCCACCGGCCAGUACCAAUACACCACCCAGUUCGGCAUCUCCAACCCCGACUACAAGGCCGGCUCCUCCUCCUCCUCCUCCUCCUCCUCCUCCUCGUCUUCCUCAUCCUCCUCCUCCUCCGCCACGGAAACCGCCACCAAGUCCGAGUCCGCUCCAGUCUACGCCCAGUCCAGCAAGGCCGCCGAGACCACCGCGGCAGCAGUCUACACCACCCAGUUCGUGACCGACUACACCACCUACUGCCCCGAGGCCACCUCGUUCACCGUCAAGAACCAGACCUACACCGUCACCGAGGCCACCACCCUCACGAUCAAGGACUGCUCCUGCACCGUCACCAAGCCCGCCACUUCCACCUCUUCCGUUCCCGCCGUCCAGUCCGCCCCCGGCCCCGUCGUGUCCCCCAAGCCAACCGGAUACGCCCCGGUGAGCAGCCCCGUUGCCAACGCCACCUUGGUCGCCCCCACCGGCUACAGCCCCUCCACCCUGAGCACCCAGGGCGCCUCCACCUACAACGCCCCCUCCGGCCCCAGCGCCUCCAGCACCGUCGCCGUUUCCACCGGCGGUGCCGCUUCCAAUAUGGUCGGCUUCGGCGGUCUGAUCAUCGCCGCCGCCGGUGCGGUCGUGCUCGCCUUCUAA